AUUAGCAGUGUGUGUCGAAUUACUGACUUGUAUAAUUCCAGCUAAAUUCUCAUUCUUUCUAGACCCUGCUUGACUUAUUCGUAAUAAUUCGUAUUAUUCUUAUGCAUAGUUUUACUGUUCUUACAACUACACUACAUAUUAAAAACAUUGAAACAUAAACAUUAUUUUACAAGAAGAGGUCGAUAAUAUUUAUGCCUUUGUCUUAAAUUUAAUUACAAACUUAAUUUUUUACUCUAUUCGAAAACGCAUGUUCGACGACGAAGCUCGUCUCAUGGGAGCCCGAUGCAGUGAAUGUGUUGAGUGGCAGAUUGUUUAUUCCGAUCUCUGCAGUUUUUAACAAUUCUGAAUUUAUUUAUUUAUUCACACUUCCGUCCAACUCUGAACUAAAUAUUGUAUGCCACUCCUCUUUCGCUACAGUUAAAAAGUAUUUAAGUAUAGUGUAGUCACCUCAACAAUCUCAUCUAUUCUCAAGAGUUAUGUAAUCUGUUAGAUAGAGAUUCUCAAUAUUGGUCAGAAAGAAGACAAAUUGCUGGUGACACUAUAGAACACAGGACUCCUGAUUGAAGCAUCAAUUUACUAAUCUCUAAAACCUCUCAAAAAGUUCGAAGCCAUGAAGUUCGCCGAGCAUUUAGUUGCACACGUAACACCUGAAUGGAGAAAGCAGUAUAUUAUGUAUGAGGAAAUGAAAGCACUUCUAUACAAUUGUGUUGAGCAAGCACCAUUAUCUGAAGUGGUGGAGCCUGAAGUUGCAAGACGAUACUACGCACAAUUUGACGAACAGUUUUUCCAUUUUUGUGAAAAGGAACUCCUCAAAAUCAACACAUUUUAUAAUGAAAAACUAUCGGAAGCUACACGUAAAUAUGCAAACCUUCGCAGUGAACUGGACUCAUUACGGACUGAUAAUGAUGCGGAUAGAGGUGGGCUCAUGGGUGGUCUUCGAAAACGAAAAGAGAAGGCAGUACAGUUUUUCGGAGUUAAGAAAGAACCUAUCAGAAAACUUCAAGAUCUUAAGUUGGCUUUCAGUGAAUUCUAUUUGAGCUUAAUUUUACUUCAAAAUUAUCAAAACUUAAACUAUACGGGGUUCAGAAAAAUAUUGAAGAAACAUGAUAAGCUCAUGAGCAACGAUAAUGGGGCUAAAUGGAGGGACGACAAGGUCGUCACUGCUGGAUUUCACACUAACAAAGACAUUGACAAACUGAUAAAUGAUACUGAAAGUACUGUUACCCUUGAACUCGAAAGUGGAAAUAGACAAAAAGCAAUGAAGAGAUUGCGUGUUCCACCAUUAGGUGAUCAGCAGUCUCCUUGGACUACUUUCAAAGUUGGACUUUUUUCUGGAGGUUUUAUGGUUCUUCUUGUUGCAGUUGUUUUGUCAGCCAUAUUCCAUAGAAGAUCUGAAGAUGAUUUGAGAAUCAUCGUAAGACUCUACAGGGGACCACUGCUUUUGGUUGCAUUUAUUUUUCUUAUGGGUGUCAACGUAUAUGGGUGGAGGUCUUCUGGAGUAAAUCAUGUCCUAAUAUUCGAGCUUGAUCCGCGCAACCAUCUAUCAGAACAGCAUCUUAUGGAGAUGGCUGCCAUUCUAGGAGUUGUUUGGGCGUUGAGCGUUCUAAGUUUUCUGUUUUCCAGUGCAUUGAGCAUUCCAAAAUACGCAAACCCUUUGGUACUCGUUCUGAUCCUUGUAUUCUUUAUGAUAAAUCCCACAAAGACAUUUCGACACGAGGCUCGCUUUUGGGUUCUGUCCGUUUUGGGCCAUAUUGUUGCUGCUCCGUUUUUUCACGUUGGAUUUGCAGAUUUCUGGCUGGCGGAUCAGCUAAACAGCUUGGUUCCUGUACUCCUGGAUUUUCAGUAUUUAAUUUGUUUUUAUGCAACAUCAGAGGGGGAUUUUGAACAUGCUAAUGAAGCGGACAAGUGCAUUGACCAGUCCUUUUAUAUCCGUCCCUUUGUCACAGCUUUACCGGCUUGGUUUCGCUUUGCACAAUGUCUUCGACGUUACAGGGAUAGCAAGGAAGCCUUUCCUCAUUUGGCAAAUGCUGGAAAGUAUUCAACUACGUUUUUUGUCGUCCUAUUCGCAACUUUGAAUGUACAUUAUCGAACACAACAAAAUAGAAUGGAAUUGAAUAUAUUUUUCUUCCUCUGGAUUGCGGCAUCUGUGAUAUCAUCCUUGUAUGCAUACGUGUGGGAUUUAAAAAUGGAUUGGGGUUUAUUUGAUAAAAAUGCGGAGCAUUGGUGUCUGCGUGAGGAGAUUGUGUACUCAUCCCCUGGUUAUUACUACUUUGCGAUGACAGAGGAUCUACUGUUACGGUUUGGUUGGGCAAUAUCCCUCUCAUUAACUGAAAUGGGUUUUGAUUUUGGCGAUACGAUGGUCUCAAUUUUGGCAUUUCUUGAAGUGUUCAGAAGAUUUGUGUGGAAUUUCUUUCGAUUAGAAAACGAACAUCUGAACAAUUGUGGUAAAUUUCGAGCUGUUCGAGAUAUAUCUGUGGCUCCCUGUGAUCAAACUGAUCAGACCCAAAUCAUAAAAAUGAUGGACGAGGCAGACGGCGUUACGAAUAGACGAACGAAAAAGAAAACUUCAAAAGGGCAUAAGAAAAAUGCAGAUCAACGAAUUUUGCUAGAAGGCGACACGACCGACGACCCGGAUAAUUAAUUGUUACAAAACUUGUAGUAUUAUUAUUUUACACAUAUAUGUGCAUAUGUACAUACACGUAUAACUUUAACUGUGUACAACAGUAGUGAUUAUUUCUGGUCAACAAAAUAGAUAACUAUUCAUUGUAUUGAUGUUAUAUGUUUAUUGCUGCUUGUGUAUCAACAUGUUGGUUCCGUUAAUAAAAUUAUACCAUUUUACACCGUU